AUGGAUUCAACGUUAAACGCUAGGCCUGCGCCUCGAGACGCCUACCUCAAGCGCUCACUGGGCACCUUGUCCAGGCGCAUCCGCGAGUCUCGGGUUCUUUUAGUCGGCGCCGGUGGAAUCGGCUGCGAGCUCCUCAAAAACCUCCUCCUCACGGGCUUCGGUGAAAUCCAUAUCGUGGACCUCGACACAAUCGACCUUAGUAAUUUGAAUCGGCAGUUUCUAUUCCGCCAUGAACAUAUCAAAAAGUCGAAGGCACUGGUAGCAAAGGAAGUCGCUGGCAAAUUUCGACCCGAUUCGAAACUAGAGGCCUACCAUGCCAACAUCAAAGACUUGCAGUUCAAUGUUGACUGGUUCGCAACUUUUGAUGUCGUCUUCAAUGCCCUCGAUAACUUGGAUGCUCGUCGCCAUGUCAACCGCAUGUGCCUUACUGCGGAUGUACCUUUAGUGGAGAGCGGUACAACAGGCUUCAAUGGGCAGGUCCAGGUUAUCAAAAAGAAUGUUACGAUUGCACGUCUAAAGAAGUACCAAAGACAUUCCCAGUUUGUACUAUCCGGAGGAGCUGUUCGGUCGGAGGAAAUUGAGAACUUGCGACGUGAGGCACAGGCGCUAAAAGCUAUCCGGGCAUCCAUUGGGUCUGAAGGAUUUGCGCAACGAGUGUUUGACAAGGUUUUCAAAGACGAUAUUGAGCGACUACGUGGGAUGGAAGAUAUGUGGAAGACGCGCAAACCGCCCACUGCCCUCAAGUAUGAAUCUUUACAAGAAAAGACUCCUUCAGAAAAGGCUCCUUCAGUUGAAGCUGGCGUCUCGCAGGACGAUCAGAGAGUUUGGACACUAGAAGAAAAUUUCUCUGUCUUCAAAGACAGGCAAGUCGUUUGUCUCGAUCGUCUAAGCAAGCGAUUGAAAGAUCUUCAAGCAAAUAAAACAGGCGAUAUCGAACCGAUAAUCACAUUUGACAAGGAUGACGUCGACACGCUAGACUUUGUUGCGUGCAGCGCAAAUCUGCGGUCUGCCAUUUUUGAUAUUGAGUCAAAAUCAAAGUUUGACAUCAAGCAAAUGGCUGGCAAUAUCAUUCCUGCAAUUGCUACAACUAACGCUAUGACUGCCGGACUUUGUGUCCUACAGGCUUUCAAAGUCUUGAGAGACGACUACGAUCAUGCCAAGAUGGUAUUCCUUGAACGAUCUGGCGUUCGAGCCAUCAACUCUGAAAUUCUGCGACCGCCCAACCCAUUUUGUGCCGUUUGCUCGGUAGCUCAGGGUAAGGUCUUGGUGGACCUUGAACAUGCGACAUUGAAGGAUCUGGUUGAAGAUACAAUCCGCGGCAAACUUGGAUACGGCGAGGAAUUUUCGAUCAAUACAGAUGCUGGCAUGAUUUAUGAUCCAGAUUUAGAAGACAAUUUGCCCAAGAAACUCAUCGAUUUCGGUAUCCAAGCAGAGACUCUACUCACAGUCAUUGAUGAGAACGAUGAAAGCCCGUUUGUCAAUCUAGAGCUCGUUGUCGAGGGAAGAACCAAGGCAGCUGCCGACGAAAAAUCAAUCACUCUAGCUAGAGAGAUUGACAUCCCCAAGAAGCCUAAGCAGGUGCCCGCAGUCAACGGCACCAUUACGAAUGGCACUAUUGGUCACAAAAGGAAGCGAGAUGCGGAAGAAGUUGCUCUUCCGGGGGAGCCUGAAAGCAAGCGUGUUGCUGCUGACGGUGACAACAACGAACCAAUUGUGCUUGAUGACCCCGAUACAGGCGCCAUUGUAAUUGACGACUAG